GAGGGCGUCAAAGCGUUCUCAAGCGGGCCCCCAGUCCCUGAAUUUUGAUUCUGUCAUUGUGGUCAUUGUGGGCGUUGACAACAAAGAGCCAUUCCCUCUUUAUUAUUACUUCAUGCAUCGUAUCCGCCUUUCUUCUUCCUCUUCCAUCUCUCCUCAUCGCUCGCCUCCUCCACUCUCAUCAGACUCGUCCUCACCAUGCGUUCCUCAUCCCUCCUCUGGGUCGCCCUCAGCCCUCUCGUCCUCCUCGUCCUCCUCGCCCUCUCCUCUUCCUCAACCAACGUCGCAGCCCAGUCCACCAAUUGCCACAACUGCAUCCUCAAGGCAAUCCCCACUGUCGGCAAUUGUACCUCCCUCUCUGCCACUCAGCUCCAGACCCUUGACAAGGUCAUCCUCGGCCAGAACGCCUUCUCCUCCAUAAGUUCCUACAGCACCCAGGACCCCACUGGCUUUGCCUGCCUCACCGCCCUGAUGUGGGACAUUGUCGAGUACAAGGCCAAGCUCUGGGGCACCUGUCUCGACCCAACCAACUCCUGCCCCUGGGCCGAGAUGAUGCAGUGGUUGGAGAUGAUCCCAAAGAUUGCCGCCAUCUACGGCUCUCCUAACCCUCCAGUAAGGACACGCCCAUCACUGAUACGCGACGGAACGAACGAAACGAUGGACGAUUGUUCUUUUUUUCUCAGCUCUCAUUUUUCUAUUUAUUCUUCUGGAACCUAACAUUAUCAUCCGCCCAUUUGUUUCAUUCUUCACUCUUCUUUUAGGCACAGGUCUUGCAGAAUGCACCGGCCUAAAGAAAUGGUACCAAGCCCAACGUCUGGACAAGCGAGCGAAGGAUAGUU